GAUGCAAUGAAGUCCAGAAAACAAGACCUAGUGAGGGUAACCAACUACUCACGGAAGCGCCAAAAUAAAAUUUUCACCAGGAGUCUCAGCGUCCCAGACUUCUCACCACACAAGUCAGCGUUGGACGUAAAACGCAGCAGCAGUUUUGAGCCAGCCUGGGCAAAUAAAGUUGGAGAGAAAGGAGACUUGUUCUAUGUAGAGCCACCUGAGGGAGAAGAGGCACUGUUCACAAGUCAUCAGCCUCUUCAUAUAAAUGGUCACAAUAACACAGGUAUAAACUCACACGAAGUGAACUCAGCACAAACAAAUGGAUCUGCAAAGCAAAAAGAAAAGACUUCAAUAAAGAAAAUCAAAGGCUUUAUCGGACUCAAGAAAAAGGAUGACCUCAAUGGUCAUGCCAAUGUUCAGUCCAAUAACACCAGCACUCCCCCUAGAAGUGUCACAUUCCAGGACUCUGUAGUGGGACAGGGAUUGUGGAGACAAGUUUACAUCAAUGUGGAGCCAGGGAGACACAACUAUGGCCGUAGGGCCACCUUGUGUGAGACAGUGUUUGGGAUUAUCCCGGGGAGUUUUGACAGUCAGCCGAUGAGGAAUGGUGUGGAGAAUGGAGGCCCUGGGGUCAGGGAUACCAGGAUCAUGGUGCAGGGGCUGGUCCCCGAGGGGGAAGCCAUUAAGUGUGGACACAUUAAGAUAGGUGACUGGCUGAUGAAAGUCAAUGAUUUAGAUGUUGAUUUUGACUCCAUUGAUACAGUGAUAUCUACAAUACAGGGACCAACACAGGUAAAACUAACCCUUCAAAAGUUGGCCAUUGACUUUCCGUCCAGACCAGCUCUGGCCAGAAAGACCAAUGAUGCAACUGACCACUUGGUCAAGCUGGUCAGUGGGGAGAGACUGGGCGCAUAUAUACCACAGUUCAAGAAUGUACCUCACAUAGCAAUGUACUUAACACUAGAGGGCAGCUCUGACAGCAUGAGAGAGAAGGAGGAUAUAGUGUACCAGUUUCCAAGACAGGAUAACAAACUGGUGCAGGUGCGGGGGCUGUUCAUCACUCUGUGCCACAUGCUGGUUGAUGUCACAAAUAACAGUGCCAAAAAUUCUACUCUUCUGGUUGAAGGCCAGCUAAUCCAUGUGGGAUACUCCAAACAAGGCAGAGAAGUCUUGAUUAUAGGGGUACCUGCUAACAGAGUGCCUGCCGAGCAACUAAACCACGUAGUUGAUGACACUGUCAGGAUGAUGAAGGUGCUGUAUGGAUCUCUAAGAGGUGCUUUUGUUCCGAGAGAGCACCAAGAAAAGCUGGACCAUUUUUUCAGCCUCCUGUUCCAGAGGGUUCUACUAAAUGAGGAGCUGAGACAGCAUGGUAUGAAGUGUAUGGAGACAGGACAAGAUGGCUUCCUGGACACCUUGCCUGGAGUCAGGUGGCUGGAUCUGCCAGAUGAACCCAAAGUCAACAUAAGCAACAGCCUCAGUGAAUUAGAAGCAGCAGAUUUUGCUGAGAUGUCUGACAGCUACUAUGACAGAAGAAGAAGUUACACCAUCUUGGGGUCCUGUCUGUUUUAUAAGGGUUACUUGAUAGCCAACCACCUACACAAAGAAGACUUCAUGGAUAUCGCUCUAUACACCAAGUAUUACUGCCUGCUGGCGUUAUCAUCUGAACACCAGGUGGGGCAAGUGGUUGUCUGGAAGGAGGUGUUCCCCACGCGGCGCUGUCAUGAGCAGACGGACCCCUUAAUUCCAGGUUAUACGGAACCAGAUGCAAGGUGGUUUUUACUGGUGGUGGGACUGAAACACAGUCUGAUAUGUGUGUUGCUAGAGGCAGGAGGAUGUGCUGGCUGGAUAGAGGGUCACCCCACCCCUGACCCCUUCUUUGUUGACCAGGCCAGGGCCACUCUGCUCCACUUGGAGACACUGGACAUGGCUGGACAGUGUGAGGCCAGACUUCACUCUCCAUCUCUCCCCGCUCUGAUCACUGCAGACCAGCAGCUCCAGGGUAGUAAAGGUGCUUCCAGUCAACAGAAUGCCAAAGCAGGAGUUAAAGCAGGUGCUUCCCCAGUCAGCAAGAAAUCUCAGGGACCAGAGUCCAUACUGAAGAAUAAAAAGCCUAGUCCACUACUGGACAGGUCAAGAACAGAGUCUGAUGGUGACAGUACCCAGUCAUUUGACACCAGUGAGGGGUCCACCCCUGUCAUGAACAGGACAUUUGACCGCAAGCCGUCUGCUGGUUCUGAGGACUCUGGGGGCAGUGGAGGCAGCAACCAGUUGUUCAAGGUACCAUUUUAUAUCUGUUCAUGA